AUGGAAGAGAUAAAGAGUAGGUUUACAAGGAUUUGUGUGUUUUGUGGGAGGAGUUCAGGGAAGAAAGCUAGCUUUUCCAAUGUAUUUUUAUAUAUAAAACAUGGUGUUGUGUUUUUUAUAAAGGUGGAGAGAAGGAUUGAUUUGGUCUAUGGAGGUGGAAGCGUGGGAUUGACGGAUCUUAUCUCUCAGGCAGUUCGUGAUGGUGGGCGCCAUGUUCUAGGUGUCAUUCCACGGGCCUUGGUUCCUAGAGAGAUUACUGGUUUGAGCGUUGGAGAUGUAAGAGCUGUAUCUGAUAUGCAUCAAUGGAAAGCCGAAAUGGCUCGACAGGCCGAUGCCUUCAUUGCACUCUGUUAAGCUGUUAUAAUGAGUGACACGUGUGUGUGUGUUAUUGGCUGAGUUA